AUGGAAAAUCGUUUGAAGAGCUACAAGAGUAGUUCACGAAACGUUAAUCAUAUUUGUAGCCGUCAAAAUUGUGUUAAAAAUGAAGAGCGGAAAUCAAAGAAAGAUGAUCAAUUGGAUGAGCGUCGCAACAUUGAUCUAUCACUACCGUUGGAGGAGCCGUCAUUACCGCCAAUUUUUCUGAAUACUACACCGUUGGAAGAAAUUAUCACACAUAUGCAAGGUAGUGAGUCAGUAUUGGUUCAUUAUGCCACACAAGCUGCACGCAAAAUGUUAAUGCAACGUGACCCUCCAAUUAAUGAUAUGAUUUCUAACGGUAUCGUACAAAUUUUCGUUGAUUUUUUGAACUCCGAAAGUUCGGAUCUGCAAUACGAGGCAGCAUGGGCAUUGAAAAUGAUAACAUCGGGCACACAAUCACAAAUAAAUGCGGUUGCGAAAGCUGGUGCCAUUCCAAAAUUCAUUAGUUUAAUGAAAUUAAGACAUGUUGGCCUCUCGAUACAAUCAUCUUGGGCAUUGAACAAUAUUUUAGACAGUGGAUCAUACACGCACAAAUCUGAAGCAUUGGAAAACAACAUCGUCGAGGUUUUAGUUGAAAUUUCACAAAAAGAACAACAAUUGUCUCUUUUGCGUACCAUUGUAUGGUUAACGUCAACUCUGUGCUAUGGAAAAUAUUUGACUCUUCCAGUCGAUAAAGUGAAGAUCAUUUUGCCAGUGUUGGCAGAGCUUCUGUGCCAUGAUGACUUUGAAAUCGUCUCUGAUGCUGCGUGGGCGAUUGGCUGCGUGGGCGAUUGGUUAUACAUAUAUUUUUAUAAAUCGUUCAUUUCACUCAUUUAA